CCGAAACCGAUGGGAUUUUCUUCUUAAGAUGAUGGCUGUCUUGUGGAAUAUGGGACUUUUCUCUGCCUGCUUGAAGAAACAUUCUUGUGGCUGGAGCUGUCUACUUGGUCAGUAUGGAAGGCGGGUGCUGGUCCAUGGCAGAAACCUCUCCAGUCACGCAGGAACAUGGGAAAAAGAAUAUAGAACAGAGACGAGAAAACGCGUUGAGAAACACUGGCACUCUCGACUAAAGGAGCAAUUCCCCGUGAUUUCUGAAAUGGGCAAGUCAAAGCCAAAAUGUUACGUCCUUUCCAUGUUCCCGUACCCUUCUGGGAAGCUUCACAUGGGACAUGUGCGAGUGUACACCAUAAGUGACACAAUGGCCCAUUUCCAACGAAUGCGUGGAUUUCAGGUUCUGCACCCAAUGGGGUGGGAUGCAUUUGGUUUGCCUGCAGAAAAUGCUGCAAUUGAGCGAGGCCUGGAUCCUGAAGAGUGGACGAGAAGUAAUAUUGCACACAUGAAAGAGCAGCUUCAGAACCUUGGCCUAUGUUUUGACUGGCAGAAGGAGGUGGCCACCUGUCAUCCUGACUAUUACAAAUGGACCCAGUCCUUGUUUCUCAAACUGCAUGCAGCUGGCUUGGCUUACCAAAAGGAAGGACUGGUGAACUGGGAUCCAGUGGAUCAGACGGUGUUAGCAGAUGAGCAAGUGGAUGAGAAUGGCUGCUCUUGGCGUUCUGGGGCUAAAGUUGAGCAGAGGUACCUCAAGCAGUGGUUCAUUAAGACGACAAACUAUGCAAAGUCCUUGCUGGAUGCACUGGAAGACCUUCCUGAUUGGUAUGGUGUCAAAGAAAUGCAAGCAAACUGGAUUGGGUCUUGCACUGGAUGCUACUUUGACUUUGAGUUGAAGGUAAAUGGGCAACAAGUUGGUGAAAGGCUCCCUGCUUACGCUGCCAGCCCGGAUGCAGUUUAUGGUGCAUCUCAUCUCUCUAUCCUGCCUAACCACAGACUGUUAGACACUGAUAGUCACCUGAGAGACAUUCUUCAACAGUGUCUUGUACCUAACACAGACUGCCAGACUCCAGUGACGGGGGUGAACCUUUUAAAUGGUCAGGAGAUUCCUGUCGUAAUUUCAGCCAAGACAGAGUUUGAGGGUUAUUUAGAUACGGUCAUAGGUAUUCCCAGCCUUAGCCAGGAGGAUGCAGCAGUCGCAAAAAGGCUGGGUCUGAAAUGGCGAGAUGUAUUUGAAACCCUUCCCGAUGGCACCGAGCGUUUGCAAAAUUGUGAUGAGUUCACAGGACUUGAUAGACAAUCUGCAACUCAGGCCAUUUUGAAACGUGCGAGAGACCUUGGAAUCGGUGGCUACCUCACCAGCCCGAAGAUGCGUGACUGGUUGAUAUCCCGGCAGCGUUACUGGGGCACCCCUAUUCCCAUCGUCCAUUGCCAAUCCUGCGGACCCGUUCCUGUCCCUCAUGAGGAUCUGCCUGUGCUUUUACCUAAGAUUAAGUUGUUUGCGGCUAAAGGGCUCUCCCCUCUAACCACAGCCGCUGAGUGGUUCAACUGUACUUGUCCUCAAUGUAAAGGCCCUGCCCAGAGAGAGACUGACACCAUGGAUACAUUUGUGGAUUCAGCUUGGUAUUACUACAGAUACACUGACUCUCAUAAUAAAGAAAAGCCCUUCGACAAGGCAGCAGCUGAUUUCUGGAUGCCUGUAGAUCUGUACAUCGGAGGCAAGGAACACGCCGUCAUGCAUCUGUACUACGCAAGGUUUAUUAGUCAUUUCUGCAAUGAUCAAAACAUGGUCAAAUACAGGGAACCUUUUCACAAACUCCUUGUGCAAGGGCUCAUCAAGGGGAAAACUUUUCGUUUACCAUCAAGUGGCCGAUAUGUAAAGAAAGAGGAAAUAAAUUUUGAUGGUCCUGACCCUCUCCAUGCUGGCACUUCUGAAAAAUUGCAGAUCACCUGGGAAAAAAUGAGCAAGUCCAAACACAAUGGCGUCGACCCAGCAGAAAUGAUCCAGAAGUAUGGGAUUGACACUGUACGCCUGUACAUCCUGUAUGCAGCCCCUCCUCAACAGGAUAUUCUGUGGGACGUGAAAACGGAUACCAUUCCCGGAGUACUGAGGUGGCAAGUCCGACUGUGGGCUCUGGUAACAAAGCUGAUCGCCGCUCGCAGUGCAGGAGUGACCCCUAGUUCUGACCUGCUGAACAAAAACGAGAAAGACGAAGCCAAGAAAAUAUGGCAGUUCAAAAACUACACCGUGUCACAGGUAACUGCUUACAUGACAGAGGAUUUCCUGCUGAAUGCUGCAAUCGCCCGGCUAAUGGGCCUCACAAAUGUUUUAUCACAGUCUAGAACCCAGCUGGACAAUAACCUAUGCCCUUCUUUGGGCCAGAUUUCAAUGUCAAUCGUUAUGUCUGGUAGACUGGGACUUGGAAGGUAAGAUUCCAACAAGCAAAAGACACUGUCACGAAUGGUUUUGACACAUACAAAAGACAGAUGUUAGCCUGCAGAGUGAAAAGAAAUCCUGUCCAACCAACAAAGUUGAGAAGAUGAUAAAAUAAAAUUUCUCGACACCAACUGUAUUCACUGCCCCGGCAAGUUGGAUAAGUACAACCCUGGUGGUAUCUGUGGAGGAGUAGGGACAGUCUCAACCACAUUUACAGCAGCAUUCAAGGCAGUUGUAUUUUGAUUCUUCUAUUUCUUGCAAUGUUGCCUAAAAGGGAGGAGGAGUAGAAAAUACAAAAUUCAGCUCAGCAGCGCUUUCUCUUGCUGAGUGGGGAAUGACCCAGCUCAUGUCCCACGAGUGAAUAAAAGAAAAUUCAAAAUGACCUCAUUUUCUUCUUUCUUAAGCAAGCCAAGUUGAGUUUUGAAAACUAACACCAGCCUUUGAAGGUAACUGAUUAAAGUAGAUAGGCAACAAGUUAAUAGUGCGAGCCAUUUAUAGUGGCCCAUUAUCAUUUGUUCCUCAUUCCAUCCGGUAGAUGGAGCAUUGAAGGCAAAGGAAGCAAGGCAGUGACCAGGAUACAGAGUUGACCGAGGACUAGGAUUAAAUUAUUCAACCAGUUUGCACUGUUUGCAGUUGGAUCAUGAAAGAUUUCUCUCUCAACUCCACUUGCACACCUUAUUUCUUUGCUUGCUAACUCAAUAAAAUUGAUUUUGGUCCAGAAGAUUUAAUCUGACUCUCCCUUUCUUCUCAUCACUGGCAGCCUGCGUCACUUAUCCCUAAUUGCCCUUGAGCAGGUGGGUUGUGAACUGCCUUGAACCGUUGCAGUUCAUGUGAUACCAAGGCACCCACAGUCUGGUAGGAACAAGGAUUAUAAACCAGUGACAGUCCCCUUUUUUUUGUUGUGGCAGGGAGAUGGUGAGAAAGAGAUUCCAGAAUUUCCACAAUCCUUGAUGUGGGAAAGUAAGUGCUCCUGGUUUUUUACUUCUGUCAGGGUGAUUGGAUAUCUUUUAAAAGAGGUAGAGGCAGUGAUCACAGUGUGAAGAUGGGAAGAGUUGCAAGCGCUGUUCUAAGUUGGUGGCCUGGUGUGUUAGGGGGUGUUGCCAUUUCCCACAUGAAAUACAUCUCAAGGGCUCCCGCCCAAAGGAAGAACUGCAGGAGAAUAUAAACAUAAGUAUGUAGAAAUAAAAAUAAUCUUUUUUUAUUCUGCAUAUUAAUGUUACAGACAUAUACCUCUUUCAACAGUGGAAUGUUAAGAGCAGAUAACAGCAGUUAUUGUAAGACUUGUAAGGCUAUUGAUGAAACUGUAAAUUUUAUUCAUCCUGCAAUUCAAUUAUCAUAGUUUAUUUCACUUCACAAUCACAAUCUCUGCAUUUUUGUUUGAUAUGGAGUCAUAGAAUUUUGUAGUACAGAAGGAGGUAAUUUGAUCCAUCAUAUAAGAACUAUCCAGCUAGUCCCAUUUUCCAGCCCUAUCUCUGUAAUCUUCUAAAUUUAUCACUUUCAAAUACAUCCAGCUCACCUUUGAAACCUUCGAUGGAAUCCACCUCUGCCACUCUCCCACGCAGCACAAUCCAAUUCCUUACAACACUGAGUAAAGAAAUUUCUCCACAUCACACUGUAAGCUCUCUUGCUGACAAUCUUGAAAUUGUGAGUCCUAGUUACUGAUAUACCAAUGAGCAGAAACAGAAAUCCUUCUUUACCCUGUCAAAAUUGUUAAUAAUUUUGAAUACUUCAAUAAGGUCACUUCUUAAUCUUUGCCUCAAGGAGAAUCAGCCCAAUCUCUCUAAUCUUUCCUUGUAUCUAAAAUCCCUCGUUCCUGGUAUCAUUCUAGUAAAUCUCCUUUGAACACUGUCCAGACCUUUAACAUUCUUCCUCAAUUAAGGUGCCUAGAGCUGGACGCAGUACUCCAAAUGUGGUCUGACUGAUACUUUGGAGAGGUACAGUAUCACAUACUCACUUUUAUACACUAUGCCUCUAUUUAUAAAUCAAAGGCUCCUAUAAACCUUCUUAACUGUUUCAACUUGCAUGGCCACCUUCAGAGAAUCAUGUACGUGGACUUCAAGGUCUCUCCGCUCCUAUAUUUCCCUCAAAGUUGGACCAUUGAUUCUGUAUUAUCUCUCUAUGUUUCUUCUAUCAAAAUGCAUGACCUCACAUUUCUCUCCAUUGAAAUGCAUCUGCCAGGAGUCUGCACAUUUGGCCAACUAGUCAAUAUCCCUUUGAAGUCACUCAGUGUCAUCCUCAUAGUUCCCCAUUCUCCCUAGCUUAGUAUCAGCUGAAAAUUUGGAGAUUUUGCCCUCAACAGCCAUCUCCCACGCAUUUGAAUAAAUCAGAAAAAGCACGGAUCCUAACAUGGAUCCCUGGGGAACACCGCCUUCAACUUGUCUACUGCAUGAGAAAUGCCCGUCUGUACCUACCAUCUGUUUCCUAUCUUUUAACCAGCUUCUAAUCCAUGCUCCCAAGGACCCAUCAAUCUAAAACAUUUCUAAUUUGCUAACCAACCUGCCAUGUGGCACCCAAUACUUUCUGAAAGUCCAAAUACACAACAACCACAGAGCCACCCUCAUUCACUUGCUUGUCAAAGAAGCCAGUUAAACUUGUCAGACGUGCCUUAUCAUUGGCAAAGCCACUUGACUGUCUAGGACUAAUUUAUUUUUCUGCCAGCAUACAUUUACCUUAUCCCAUAUUAGGGCCCCCAUUAGGUGUCCCACUAUUGAUGUCAAGCUGACAGGUCUGUAGUUAUCAUUCGUCUUUUUCCAUUUGGCCACUGGAGGGGCUGCUUGGUCCCUUUGCAAUUUCCGUUUGUAUUUGUCUUUAUUUUGAUUGAAGUCCAUUUGCAGCCUAAUUGAAGGAACGAAUCACAGAAAUGCUCAGUGUUAAUCAGAGCACAAUAGAGGAUGGUUGCUGAAGAAACUAUUUUGAAACUCAAAGUGGAAACUUGCUCAAUUGUUUCUUAAAGAUCCAGUUGCUUGACUGCUUUCUCUGCACCUCAUGACCCAUUCCUUAAAUCUCCUCCUAGACUUUAAAAGGUUUUUUGAGGUUUGUUGUGAAAAUGCUCAGUAACACUGGAUGAUAACAAGAGUUGAGAAGCUGUGAAAAAAGAAAUUCCCUUAAGUAGUUGCCUGAGCAAUUAAUUGCAACAUGAACACUGUUCCCAAUAAUGAGAAAACGUUUGGCAUCUUUUGAACUCUAUCCUUUCUCACUCUCUUUUCCACGUGGAUUGAAUAAACAAAUCUGUGGAAACAGUUAACUCAUUCUGAGGAUCCAAUCCUCUGAAAAUAGCUUGUGUCUGAUGAGUAAAAACAGAUUUGUUUCAGCAACAGUUAAAGCACCCCACUUGGUCAUCUCUGAAGUAUGAGGUAUUCUGGCCUGAAUGUAACACUGAAGCUGUAGCUAAUCGGCAACUCAUGUCUCUAUAUAAGAAGCCUCCAACUGAUGCCAUCUUUAACUGAAAGCAGUUAGUCUUAACCCUCCUCGAUAUGUUUCUUUCAGUUUGUUCAGCUGGUUUCUAUUAAAAGCAGUUCCCUAAAGAAUGCAGUUUGUACAGCCCUUCCCCAAGGCAUGAAGGUUAUUCCAAAUCUCUCAACUUUUCUACGUUCCAGCUGUUAGGAAUGUUCUCAUGAUCCUACUAGAAAUAUUUCAGAUUUAAUUUUAAGGUCAAGAAACAUUUUGUGUGUGUGUGUGUGGUAUUACUGUAGCCUAACAUUAGGUACUUCUUUGUUUGUGUGAGACUUUGGAAUGCUGUCACAUUAUGGAAUGAGGGGUGAAGUUUUUUAGUUGUGGCUUUGUUCAUCUCAAGAUUUCCUCUAAUCCAACCAAUUGACUGCAAAAUUCUCCUUACUCCAUGAUCUCGCCCUGAUCUACAGUUCUGGUCUCCUGUCUCAGAUCCUCUCAUCCAUCAUAGCUGUGCUGAUUUCAGUCCUCCUUUUUGUUCUUUAUGUCACAUUAGCAAUUGCAGUUUAACCCACUAUUCUCUCUUUCAAAUUUCUCUUCCAAGAAGGUUGGAUUUCACUGGCUGGGCAGAAAUUAUUGUCCUGGAGAAGGUGGUGUUGAGUUCUUUCUGAACUGUUGCGGCCCUAGGGACACACUCAGUGCAACUCAGGAAGGAAUUCCAGGAUUUAGGCCCAGUGACAAUGAAGGAACAGUGAUACAGUUCGACAUCAAGAUGGUGCAUGGCUUGGAGAGAAUGCGCAGGCAGCGUUGUUGCUGUGUGCCACUGACAUUGGAGGUGGCAGGUUUUGAAGGUUCAGUCAAAGCCUUGACAAGUUGCUGCGGUGCAUCUUCUGAUCGGUUAAAAUCAUGCCACUGUGCUGAAGUGGGAUAUAAGAUGUUGUAAAUGGACAUGUGCCAUUCAGCCCCUGGAGCCUGCUCCACCAUCCAGUAAAAUCUUAGCUGGUCUGAUUAUAGCUUUUAACUGUCUGUUCCCUAUAGCCCUUUGUACUUCAAAAAUGUGUCCGUGUUGAGUAUAUUAAAUGGCCCAGCCUCUGCUGCUCUCUGGAAUAGUUUGCUUCAAAACUAAAUGAUUCUGUGAAAGAAGAAAUUCCUCCUCAUCUCCCAUUUAAGACUGUGCCUCCUGGAUUUAGACGUGCGCCCCGUCAGAAUCUUAUGUUGCAAUAAGUUCAUCCCUCAUUCUUUCAGAAUCCAAUGAGAGGAGUCCCAACCUAUUACACUGUUCCUCAAAGAUAGCACUUUCAUCCCAGAUAUCUGCCUGCUUCGAAUGCCAGUAUAUCCCUCCUUACAUCUGGAGAUCAAACUGACCUCGAGUCUUUCCAAUAUCCUGUAGGGACACAGUAGCAGCAUUCAAGAAGCACUGGACAAACAAAUUCUUAGGAAGGAACAGAGGGAUAUGGAUUCUGCAAGCAAAGACAAUUUUAGCAUGGAAGGACAAAAUAUGGUGGCGCAGACUAGGAGGACUGAACGGGCCUGUACUUGUGCUAUAUUGUGCUUUGUUCUUUGUUUGAAGCGCUGCUAACUGCCCUCCUUUUA